AUGACCGUCGAAACGAAUGGCGCAGACCAUCUAGCUGAGCAGCCGUCCAACGGGGCGCAGCGUUACAGGAGAUUAGCAUCGCAGCCCGAGAACCCCUUUGCUCGCCUAAUACCAGACCAAACUACCGCCGUUAUCCCCUCCUUCACCCUCGAAUCCGGUGUCACUCUCUACAAUGUGCCUGUCGCCUACAAGACCUAUGGCUCGCUUUCGCCUCAAGGAGACAAUGCUAUGGUUAUAUGCCAUGCCUUGACCGGUAGCGCAGAUGUGGGCGACUGGUGGGGUCCGCUGCUGGGAGGGCCUGGCAAGGCGUUCGAUGUCUCGAGGUUCUUCGUCGUCUGCGUCAACAGCCUUGGAAGCCCGUACGGCAGCGCCAGUCCAGUGACGGCCAAAGAUGGCGAUCCAGCGAAGGGCCUGUACGGGCCGGAGUUCCCCUUGACCACCGUCCGGGAUGAUGUGAACAUCUUCAAGCUGAUUCUCGAUGAACUGGGCGUCCGUCAAAUCGCCGCAGUGAUUGGAGGGUCUAUGGGCGGCAUGCUUGUCCUAGAGUUUGCAUACUUUGGAACGGACUAUGUUAGGUCCAUCAUCCCGAUUGCAACUUCGGCACGCUACAGCGCCUGGGGCAUUAGUUGGGGCGAGGCGCAAAGGCAGAGCAUCUACAGCGACCCGAAGUACGACGACGGCUAUUACUCCUUCGGCGAUCCUCCAUCGACCGGCUUAGGAGCGGCUCGCAUGUCAGCACUCCUUACCUAUCGCAGCCGGGACUCUUUCGAGAGCCGCUUUGGCCGGAACACACCCGAUCCUUCGCGUCGACAGAAUAUUAACGGCAUUCAACGCCCCUCCUCCGCUGGUCACGAACACUUUGCAAUCCACAACGAAGGCCACAAGAACGCUGGCUCGCCGCGUAACUCCCGCACGAACAGCACGGCCGAUCUUCAGAAGUCAGCCGCACAGAGCACCAAGCCAGCUUCACCAUCCCUCAAUACCGACCCCGAGUUUCACGGGUCCAAUACACUCCCCGCAAGCUCUCCCUCCCUGGCACCGCCCAUAUCCAGAACAACGUCGACCCUGACGGGCGCAACCAAGCGCACGCCAACCUACUUCUCCGCGCAGUCCUACCUCCGUUACCAAGGCGAGAAAUUCAUCAAACGCUUCGACGCCAACUGCUACAUCGCCAUCACGCGCAAGCUCGACACGCACGACGUGUCCCGCGGACGGACCGACGGGGACGUUCCCGACUCCCCCUCAUCCAGUUCGUCCGUACCUGCGCUAAAGUCGGCCUUGGCGCAGAUAGAGCAGCCGUGCCUCAUCCUCGGCAUCCAGAGCGACGGGCUGUUCACGUUUGCCGAGCAGGAAGAGCUCGCGGCCGCGAUCCCGAACAGCGUACUCAAGACCAUCGAUAGCCCCGAAGGCCACGACGCGUUCCUGCUUGAGUUCGAGCAGGUCAAUGCGCAUCUGCUGCAGUUCAUGAACGAGGUGCUACCAGAUUUGAUGGCGAGGACGCCGACAGAGAUAGGGAGCGCGGGGGAGCAGGAUGGGGAGCUGGGCGUCACGAAGAGCAGCACGUUUGGGGAGGCGGAGGUGGAGGAUAUUACUGCUUGGUGA